UAGUGCAUUAUUGCCUCCAUGCUACAAUCUGAUUCCAAUUCUGGCCAGUGGAGAAAUCUUUGGGAUGAACAAUGAGAUUUGGUUGCAUUUGUUGGACAGCGCUCACUGCAUGGAUAGUCUUUCUGCUGUAAUUAUGGAAACCCAAGAUUUGGCAUAUCCGCUUCUCAGAAGAGUCACCAUGCACACAAUGGCUGAUGAUAUAUUCAAGCAGGCAAACGUUGUCAUUGUUCUCGAUAAUGCCAUUCCCAAGGUGGAUCAAUGUCCUGAAGAAUAUAUUAAAAUGGUAACCAGUGAAUGUGCGAAGUAUGGAGCGCUCAUUAAUCAGAAUGCAGACAAGGACGUGAAAGUGGUUGUGGCAGGAAGUAGCUAUGUAAACCUGAAGGCACUAAUAAUCGCAAGCAAUGCACCUUCCAUCAACCAGCAUAAUAUCGUGGCAUUGCCAACACAGCUGGAAUUUGAAGCUAAAGCUCUGAUAGCAAAGAAAUUGAACACACAAUCAGCAGGUGUGAAAGGAAAUUGAUUUUGUUUCACUAAUUAUUAUAUAAGGUGCCAGCAUAUUCAUCACUAUAAUAUAAUACAAAUUAAAACAUAUGCAAUCAGGAACACAAAGGAACAAUCUUAUUCUAGAUUAAGAUACGUCUUUACGAAUCUUAAAAGGCAAGAAGGGUUAGGUAUGAGAAGGUCAAGGUUUGUUAACUGAUGGAAAAACAGGCAGCAGAAACAUUAGGAGCUGAUACAAUACCUAAAACAAGUGGUCAAUUAUGGGGAUUUUAGAAAAGUUUGGAAAAUCUAGCAGGACAUUAUAAAUAAUGCAACCUUAGAGAAGUUAUGUGUGGGGGAGUUAAAUAGUGAAGUUUAGAGCCAAUAUUUUGCACUGUAAAAGAGAGGUAAAGGAGAUGAUAGUAGUGAUAAUUUGAGGUACAGUUGUGGGAACCAUACUAGGUGCGAACUAAGGUUUUGUAUAUAUUCUUGCAAAAAGCAAGAAGCCAUUGUAAAUAUAAACAGAUGAUGUUUAAAGAGGCAUGGUUACGCAGGCUAAGUGUGGGUCAUUUCCUAAAUACAGGGCAAUAUGAUACAGUACAAACCAAUGUGAAAUAUGUAGAAACAGCUGAGUUGGUUGAUGAUGAAAGGAUGUUUUUUUUUUCUUUGCAUUUUCUGCUAGAAAGGUCUGCAUUAAUUUGGAGGUUGAGAGAUUGUGUGAGGAGCUAAAACAGACCCCAAAGUUGACAAUGAUGCCAAAAGGCAGGAAUCCUGGGUUCAAUGAAAAUUCAGAGGGACACAUUCAGCGGAGGAAAAAUCUAAAAUGCAUUUAUAAGCUUAAUACAUAACUAUUUUUUUACAUUGAUUAAAAAGUAAUUUAUGAAUACACAGAUAAUAUAAACGCAUACAGUCCUAUAAGUAAUUAAAUACAUACCCAUGGACAUUUAAAGUGACAGUUUACCUUGCUAAGGUAUUGAAGAGAUAUGAGGUAUUGAGUUUGGUUGGAAUAAAUGUUGAAAUUAAUACGUUCUGCCCAUAACCUCAUAUUUAACUGCAUAUCGUCUUUUAUCUCAAGGAAUACUCUGCAACAACUGCUUAGUGUUCUGAAUCAAGAUCAGUAACCCCAACCUAAUGACUAUAUAUCCCUGACUAGCCCCCAAAACUGUUUAGCAGUGUUUGUUUGUUUAGUGUUCAUUCCUAACAAGUAAAUAUCACCAUUCACCAAAAAGUUCUAUAUAGCUAUACCCCGCUUUACAUACACUCACUUUACAUACACAAAAACAUACCCGCGAGUGUACGUAACGGUGCCUCGCAAGUACGGACAUUCCCGCUCCUCUUCUGUCAGUGAGGGAACAGGAAAUGGAAGGUUCUAUUCUCGCCCGGAGCAGCUCAGUUCAGUGUCUUUGGGGCAAGAAGUUUUCACACCUUCUGACAUGGCACAGGUUAAUCAUCUCAUUCUGUUUUUGUUUUAUGGGUUGAGUUAGGAUCUGUAAACCUCAAACAUAUCAGGACAAAUGUAUAAUGUCUACUCCUAGCUGAACAUAUAUAUUUUUUUUUCUGCCCCUACAUUGUCCAUAUUCUGCAAUCGGCUGCCAUCCAGAGAAAGGGUUUACCCUGCCAUUUUCUAUAACUAUGACUUAGCAGCUUAGCUGCAUUAGCCACAAUUCCGAGGAUUCAAAGUUAAACCAUAAAUGCUUAAAGUGAUGAAGAGGUGUUUCUAAACAAAGUUUGCAACUAAGCUGCUAAUAAAUACAAAUUGGCACUGUAUUGACAGAAAAUGGCCCAGGGGCACAUUUGUUAUACUUUUCCUCUUAGUUUAAAGGGACACUCCAGGCACCCAGACCACUUCUGCCUAUUGGAGUGGUCUGGGUGCCAACUCCCACUACUCUUAACCCUGCAAGUGUAAUUAUUGCAGUUUUUUCUAAACUGCAAUAAUUACCUUGCAGGGUUAACUCCACCUCUAGUGGCUGUCAACAAGACAGCCACUAGAGGGCACUUCCUGCAUCAUAGCACAGAAAACCUGUGUGAGGACCUCCAGCGUCGCUCAAUUCCCCAUAGGAAAGCAUUGAAAAGCUAUGGGGAGCUCUAAUGCGCAUGAGCAUUAGGUCUCUCCGGCCGGUGGGUGGGAUCAGUCUCACCCACAGGCCGACGUAAUACAGCGGCCUCUGGUAAGUUACUGAAGGGGUUUUCACCCCUUCAGCAACCGGGGAUUGGGGGGCUGGGAGGGAGAGGGGACCUGCAGUGCCAGCACUGGCGUUUCCCUUUAAGGUUGUCAAAUGGUUAAAACAUUAAAGAUAAAUCUGGAAUGAGAUUUUUCUUUUUACGGUUUGUUUUAACUGAAUAAAAGCCCACUGGAUAUCACUAAAUAAAUCACUGGAAAUCUGCAGUUGCAGUAUCAGUUAUGCCUUUAAAUUACUAUUGCAAUGCAGUACAUGCAUUGGUAAGUGAAAAAAGAUAUUGCUUCGCUUUAAGUACAUUUUCGUUUUACAUAUAUGCUCUGGUCCCAUUGUGUACUUACAAGUGGGGUAUGCCUGUAGUGUGUUUUAGGUCCUGAAUAAAAGUUGUGUACUCUGAAAUUUAGUGUUUGCUAAAAAUUGUCCACUACAAAUAUCCUAACACCCUUUUCACUAGACUAAUUUAUGUAGCUCAGAUAUAAAUUAUUUAUCAAAAAGACCAAAAGGAUACCGCACUUUAAUUUAAAGAAAAGAUUAUUAAAUUGUGAUUUAUUGACACAACAUAGUAAUACUAGAUUUGAAAGGAAGUAACAUUCCGAGCGCGCAUCCCCGGACCUGCUUGGCCUCCCGAGCGCGCAUCCCGGACCUGCUUGCCUCCAUCCUGCUAUCACAGAAAAGCUACUCAAAGAGAUAUGAACAAAGAGCUAAAUUGGAAACACUGGGUUCCUUUCCUGUUCUUUGAAGAGUCUGCAUGUCAUUGAAAACCCAUCAGGAGGCCUCCUUGAUUCUCUAUGGGUAAGAUCUGACCAAAUCCUAUUAUAGAACGUUUUUCCUUAUAUUUUUAAAUUUUUUUCAGAUUUUUUGUUUUUUUCCGUUCAUUUUCUUUAUUUUUUAUGGGAUCUACAGCAACAUACUCCAGAUUGGGACAGGCUAAUAGACUCCUUGACUAUUCUUCAGGAACUUUGAUGUCACAGAUGACUGAUAACUAUUUCUCUAAGGGUUUUGCUUCUUGCAGAGGAUCAUUGGCAGGCAGUAUUGUAUAUUUUAUAAUGCUGUCACAUUAUACUCUAUGUAUAGGUAGAUUGUAUUUAUGGUGAUUUGGCAACUAGCACUUUAAGAUAUCUUUUGCACUUUAACUAUGGUGGGCAAAUCAUUGAACUGUGAUGUAUAUUUAUCAUUGCACAGGAUAGAUUAACACUCUAUCUAGUAUUACUAUGUUGUGUCAAUAAAUUAUCAUUUAAUAAUCUUUUCUUUAAAUUAGAGUGUGGUAUCCUUUUGGUGUUUUUGUAUUAUUUGAUUUUGUGUUCUUAGAGGUGACCUAGAUACCUGCACCUUGUGUAUGACUAAGUGCAAGUACUAUUUUUAUUUUUUGAUUAGUUAUUUAUCAAUUGUGCGUCUUGUUUUGGCAGCUGUCAAGGAUGUGAUUGUCUGGGGGAAUAUUAAUGGAAUCAAUCACCUAGAUCUUCGUGACGCAAAAAUUUACCAGUAUGAAAGCUCUGUGUGGGGACCUCCAACCUUCUCACGUCCGUUGCUUAAUAUGAUAUAUGACAGGUGUGUCAUGUGCCUUAUAAUUAUACAGAUAAUACAUUCAUGUUUUUGCCUCUGUUAAUGUGUUAAAAACUUAUUGCUUUGUUUCAUUUUUGAAUCAUUAUGGCAAAGUAUUAUGUUUUACAGCAGUAAGAUAACAAGGUAUAUUGUUUGAGAGAGGUAAUUUUUUUAUGAGACUGGAAAUGUCUUGAAAUAACAUUUUUGUUAAUCUUGUUUUUCUGUCUACCAUUCUGUGAGCUGGUCAGACAGGGACACCUCUACAGACCUCUGUGCAUUUAAUGUUCUAUGAAUUGAGAGAGAGUUAUUUACCAAAGUGUGAAUAUCUGGGAAUGUGGAAAUGUGGAAGUCAAAAUGGCAAAAUUGGGAAAAUUAUCCAAGUCAGUUAUGUUUCCAGUUUAGCUGUGUUGGCCUAAAAUUUGAACUUCACCUCAAAGUCAUAAAAAUUAACACUUUAUGAAAUAAUCCUGAUAGAUAUUCACAGGAUCUUUAUUUUUGCACUGAGAAUCUUAUGUAAAAUGUCUAUGGUUAGGUAUAUUUUUUCACUGGUGUGCAUUAGAGCUCAGUUAUAAAUGUUUUCACCAAGAAACCUUUAAAGCAAAUCUGUAACAUCCUGAGAUUUUUUAUAUUAUGUUUACUCAUCCCCUAUUUUAAACAAAUAUGUGUUUAUGAGUACUGCAGUAUUAAGUUACAUGUAGAAAUUAAUACUGCUGUAUUUGCUUUAUGGAAAUGAACACUUUGGAAUGGCUAAUUCAAUUAUUGUUAUAAAUGAGGGCAGGCUUAGAGCUGCAAUAUAAAAAUUGCAGUUCUCUGGGACUGCAAUAUUUAACAUUGUGGCACUAAGUGCAAAAGGGACACAGCACCCAGACCACCUCAGAGAGCUGAAGUGGUCUGGCUGCCUACAGUGUCUUUAAGCAAAAAAACAUAUGCUUAAAAAGCAGUUAUUCUUUAAUACACGUAUGUUUUCAUGUGCGUGAAUGCAAUAUUCUGACAUUUAAUUUACAAACUAGCCAAAUAAAUUAAGUAAUAAAUAAUAAUGAUAAUAAAAAAAAAUCUAUUUUUGUUUCAAUAUGGCUUAUUUUCAAAUUGAACUUGGGCAAUUUAGUGCCUUCUGAAAAAUAAGCAACUCAUGAUAGAAAUGUCAUGUCAAUUAAAACAAAACACACUGGUGAAAAUUGGCUUGGUCUCUUGACUAUUGAAAAUGGCACAGCAGAGAAUAGGUUAAUAUCCAUACACACAUUGGUUGCUUGCAUAUCACAUUUAAAAGUUGUGAGAUGCUCUUGAAAUACCAAUUAAAGCUUAGAAAUAUCUAUAGUAUUUUAUAUUCAUAUCUUCAUUUCUCCUCCUAAUCCUGAUAGGAAAUGGCUUAAGAAUAACCUUGUACAAGAAUGGCGUGAAAGAAGGGAGCAUCGUUCCGGCAUGUCAGCUGCCCAUUGUAUAGCCAAAGUUUUGUCGUGGUGGCAUAAGGAUUCGGACACUGGAGAGAUAGUUUCAUUGGGUGUAAUGAGUGAAGGUUUGUAUUGGAAAUAAAACACACACAAAAAUAAAUGUAGUGGAUGAAAAAAUAUUUAGAACCAGGCCAUUCAUUAGGCUGUCUAUACAUGCACAAUUUAUUUAUUCAUACACACUCACAGUAUCUGCAUACACUGAUGUCUUUUCAUUUCAUUUUGUAUUCAUAGCCAAUAUUCCUAUAUAUAAAUAUUCUCGUUCACCAACAACAUUGCAGCUUAUGACAUCAUUAUUUGUAAAAUAUAGUGUUCAUUGUAUCUCUUCCUAUAUAUAUAUAUAUAUAUAUAUAUAUCUUUCUGUUAUAGGGGAGUUUGAGCUGCCAGCUGGUAUUGUUUUCUCCAUGCCAGUGCGAUUCCAGCACGGAGAUUGGCAGGUGUGUAUUCAAGUCACCAUCCCAGAGGAAAUGAAAGAUAUUUUAUUGCAAGCAGCCAAGGAGCUAAUCAAGGUAA